UCUAGUAGAUUUUAUAACGAGUGUGUGGUGCUUGUGACUUUUGUGUGAUCAUUUUUAUUUUAUCAAAAUUUGGUUUUAUUUUACCCACGGUGUUCAAGAUUAAGGGGUUUUGAUGUCAUCAAAAAAGAAAGAAAAUUCCCCGCUUGAAAAUUAGAAAAUUGAAUAAUCAUUUGAAAAACGGACGUUUGAGUCAUUAAAACAAUAACUCAAAAGCGCGUUUUUUUCAAUUAUUAUUCAAUUUUUCAAUUUUGAUUUGGGGAAAUUUUUUCCCCAUUUUGACUUGUCAAAACAUAUCAAACCUCCUUUAUUCUUGGACACCCGGUAUCGAUUGCCUGAUAAAAAUGGCAAUAUUAUUUUGAAUUUUGAAAUUUGACUAAAAUUUUCGACCAAAAAUAGAUUUGAAUUUUAUCUAACGUAAGUGGAAUGCAUUUCAUCGCCGGCUGUAGCAAAGGUUCCCAGCUUCAACGUUCAAAUUAUGAGAUUUACGAGAUGGUAACAGCAUACUUACGAACGGCCGUGAACGAUAUUACCGAGUUGAAAUCCGCAUUCAAGGAUUUUAAAAGGGAUUAUUUAUAUUUGCUGGGAAUAAACUACUCCGCGGACGUUUGCAAGAAAUGGUAUUUAGAACAGCAUGGGUUAUUAAUAAGAUCGCCAUUGAACGAAACAAUUCGUAGCUGUAAAAGUCUGAAUGCGUGCUGUGAAUUUAUCCUGGACCAGGAUUAUCUUCAAAAUCUUCAAAAAAUAAUCAAUUCCACCGAUUCCACCGAUUCCACCGAUUCCACGGAAUACUUUCGGAUUGUUCAGAUGCAUUUAGAGGCAUGCGAUCCUAUGGUAUUGGAAGACGACGCAACAUCUUCGAACUACAAUUCAGCCACCAGUGACACCGAUCUUUGCGAACCCGUCGAAGCUAGUAAAAAGUUGCAACGGAAGCGUAAACUGAAAAGACCCAAGGCUUGUGUGAAUCGACGCAAAUGCGCUGGAACCAGAAGGAACUCAAGAAUGUAGCGAAAUCAACGUAUCGUAAUGAGACUACAGUAACAUGUAUCGUCGAAACAAUGGAGAAAUGUACCAGUCUAAUUAUUAUUACACUUUGGUUUAUUACUCAAGUUCCUUAUCGAUUUUUCGCAAAAUUUUUAUACAAAAAAUUCGUAUUCAAGAAAAAAAAAUGCAAAAACAUGUAUCAUUUUUUUAAAUUUAUUGCAUACCCAUUUUCUUCAAUUUAAAUUACCUGUACUUAAUCUAAUAAGAAUUUGUUUUUAUUUUUAUUUUUUUUUAUAAAUUGAUAUAACAUAUUAUAAUGUAGGUUUUCUACCAUAUUUUUAUACUACAUAUGAAGAGUGAUAUUCCAAAACUCGCUUUGUCCAUUUUUAUCAAAGUUGGGUUUUCAGUGGUACCUGGUAGAUGAAGUAUUAACUCACAUUCCUACAUCAUCAACCUACCAAAAUGAGGUGUUAAACUCACCUAAAUAGCCAAUUCACUGAAAAUUAAAAAAAAAAUAAUGUUCCAAAACGUGCUUUGUCCAUUUCUAUUGAAAUUUUUUUCAGCAGUAUUUAGUGGAUGAAAUGUAUACCUACACUCCUACAUCAUAAAUCCACCCAAAUAAAGUGCUAAACUCGCCUAAAAAACCAAUUUACCCGUUUAAAGGGAAACUGUUUUUCCUCUCUCCUGAAAAGUUGUAAAAAUGGACAAAGCGAGUUUUGGAAUAUCACUCUUCAUAUUAUUUUGUUAAAUUAUUUUUGAUGAAUAAAUAAUCUAUCGUGAAAA